UGCAAAUCUAGCCCAAGAUUUCUGAUCGUUUUGGUAGGCUGGCUUUCCGAUCCGAAAUCUACCAACCAAAAUGCUGUACGCUUUGCAGUACAGAACUGAAUAUUUCCUCAGAUAGUUCUGGAAUUUUGAGAGUACAAAUUGCUUAACAUGGCAUUGUCUGAAGAAGUAUACCUUAAGAUAGUACUUGACAUAUCUUAUGGACUAGUGGCAGAGGAGCCAGAAGAUAUCAAGUACCUAAGUCGUGCCUUUCUAUCACCAGAUGAACUGAAGGAUAUAAAAAACUUCAGAGACCUUGCUUCAAAAUUAGAGGAUAAAAAAGUAUUCAGCGAACACAAUCUUCAGGAGCUUAAAAGACUGUUACGCGAGAUUAAUCGACUUGAUCUUGUGCAUAUGGUGGAAGAAACUGAAGCAAAGUAUGUGCUUCCGGAACAACCUAGAAAUAUUACAAAGGUUCAUGCUGAAUCCUUAGACAAAGUGCAUCUGGUACACAAAUGCAAACUCUACCACGUUUCGCUAUCAGUUGUUUGCAAUGAUAUUUUUGAGCAGAUUACUGAUGCAAUAGUUGUAACGACUUUCAGCAAGAGUGUGGGCAAGAUUGAAGUUUCCAUUGGAAACAGAGCAUUAAAUCUUGCUGGAUAUCGUGCAAGUCAGGAAUUUGAUGAAAAAUUAGGAAAUUUGGAAAGUGAUCAUAUUAUUACAACUCCAGGCGGAAAUCUUAAAUGCAAGUAUAUUGUUCAUAUUGACUUCCCAAGUGGUAGUAAUACCUUGAAGUGGUGGUCUGUCCUAACAAGGAACAUUAUCAAAUCACUGCAACAGUGUGAAAAGCCUCUCAGAUGUGUGUCUAUUACCAUCCCACUCUUGUACAGCAACAGUAUGAAAAAUGAUUCUAAAUGUGCAGACAUCAUUGUCUCAGCAGUUCUUGAUUAUUUGGAACACAUGUCUAGCAGAUCAAGUAUUCAAGAAGUGAUAUUUAUUGAUGCAAUCAAGCAGAAGGCAGCUUGCCUCAAGGAGACCUUGGAAAGUAGAGUCAAAGAGAGAAAAGAUGCAAAGGUUUAUCAAAUACCAACUCAGUUAAUGUGCGAAUACAUAUAUCCUGUCACGCAAACACGCUUAAUUGUUGCUAGUGGUGACCCAAAGAAACAGCCUGCCAAUAUUCUUGUGAAUCCUUCGGCUGAUUUCACAGUUGCUUCUUCUGGAUUAACUGCAAGAAUCCUUAUUGAAGCUAGUCUGCCGUUUGAGGUAAUGCAGAAGGCAUUUAAUAGUCCUGGGAUGAAUCUGGUUGUAACGUCAGCAGGAAAGCUUCCAUUUCAAUAUCUCUACCAUGUACGAGGAAAUAAAGAAAAUACCACCACAGACUAUACUCAACAGCGUCUUCAGAUCGAAGCAUGUACCCUUGACUCACUAAGGAGGGCUGAAAGACAUGGCCUAAAAUCAAUUGUGCUUCCAAUGAUCUACAAUCGGUAUACAAGUAUCGGGCGGUACCAAUGCGCACACAUCAUGCUUGAUGCCAUUGGUGAUUUUGUGAACAAGUAUACGCCCAAAAGUGUUAAAGAGAUUUAUUUUUAUACUGGGUAUCAAUCUGAUGCUCUGAAGCUCAAGGAGAACCUUAUCUAUCUUUAUGGGAGGAAUGUUAAUGUACAAAGUCAAGUUCCUCUUGAAGUGUUAGCAAGAGGUCCAGAGGCUAAAAGUGCGUUUAUUGAUGCAAUACAAGAGGGCAGCAAACCCAUCUACCAAACACGCCUAAUGCUUGUUGGACCAGAGCGUGUUGGUAAAACCAGUCUCACCAAAGCCCUUACAGAACAAGAAUUUGACGCUACUGAAGAAGUUACAGAUGGCAUUGAAGCGUCAUUGUCAUGCACACUCAGUGUUAAGCAUACCACCAACUGGAAACCAAAACUUCCUGAAGAUACAAUAAGUGAAGCAAGGCAGCAGUAUUUGAGAGCUGUUGCAGAACAGAUGGCAGAAAAGCAGAAGGUACAAAGAGAACCACCAGUAUCUCAGCCAACAAAGAAAGAUGAAAUCAAGGCACUUGAAAUUGUAGAAGUACCGGAUGUUACAUCACCUGAUGAAAUUGAGCAAUCCUUUGACCAGAUGACAAUAUCUCAAGACUCUCCAGCUUCUGAAGGUGAGGUGAAUACAAUGGCCUCAUCACAAGGUGAUUCAGCUUCAGUAACUACACCAGAUGUUCUUGAAGAGGACCUUCAACUUGUCAUAAAAUUUCUCCAAGAUAAAGAAAAGCAAGGAGAAAAUGAAGGGUUAGAGCAGACACUUGAUGACUUGACUCUGAGUAUCUGGGACUUUGCCGGACAAGAUCUCUACUAUAUCACUCACCAGGUGUUCUUGGUAUCUCGUGCUAUCUACAUCAUUUGCUUCAAUCUUUGUCAUGACCUCCAUGCACCCGCUAAAGUUGGGAUAUAUAAGCGAGAGGGUGGUAAGGUUAUAUUUUCUGAACAUCAUAUGAGCCUCUUGGAUUUCAUCAUCUUCUGGUUACGGUCGAUCUACUCAAAUACCACCGAAAACAAAUCAGUGGCAAGUCAAGAGCAGUUGUCACCACCAGUGUUCAUUGCUGGCACACACAGAGAAAGCUUACCAGGAAAUGCAGAAGAGAGACAGGCGCUAGUAGAUGAGAAGUUUGCAGUUAUCAAGGAGGCAUUAAGAGGGACCCCAUACGAGGACCAUGUAGUGAGCAAGUACUAUGCAAUUGAAAACAGCCUUAGGUCACCCCUGGAUCAAGCUGUUGUUCACUUGAGGGAACACAUUACCAAGGUUGCUAAGUCAGAGCACUACAUGGGGGAGAGAAUCCCCAUUAAGUGGCUAUACUUCUUACAUGAGAUUGAGCAGUUGCGCAACAAACAAACACACUCAAUCAACUUCACAGAGGUGAACGAACUAGCUGCAAAGUGUGGUGUCAUCCAAGAAAUUCAACUGUUCACUAUGUUGCAUUUCUACCAUGACCUGGGAAACAUCAUCUACUAUGGUGAACGGCAUACACCAGGCAGUGCUCUCAAUGAUAUCAUCAUCCUGAAUCCUCAUUGGUUGAUAUAUAUCUUUAGGAGAGUGAUCACAGUCAAAAAUCCAUCAGAGCAAUGGGCCAAGUUCAGACGUUCAUGGAGAAGACUUGAUGAGAAGGGACUCUUGGAAGAGAGGCUGAUUAGACACAUGUGGCAUGACUUCCUUCACCUAUUAGAAGGCUUGUUACAGCUGAUGCAGAAGUUUGACUUGCUGUGUGUCAAGACACACUCUGCUGAGAUGCCAGCCGUUGUCGGAUCACCCGAGGAAGGGAAUCGUCUCUUCUACGUCCCAUCCCUGCUAAAGAAGCAAGAAGAUGAGAAGGUGUGCAUGGAUAAGCUGAUGAAGUCUAAAUCAGUGGUCAUCUUGUACAUUGACUUCAAUGGGUUUCUACCUGAAGGCUUGUUCUACCGACUUAUUGUGAGGCUUGUGCAGUGGUCACAGCAUAAGGGAGGCUAUGAGCCUAGGCUCUUCUACCAACAGGCCAACCUUUAUGUGGAUGAAGAUCAUGACAUGAUCUUGAGGAUCCUGCCUCAGAAGAGAUCUUGCAUCCAGGUAGCUAUCAUGAGGGCUACAUCAACUGCAAGGGAUGGGGAAGUUGAAGAAGAUGAUGUUGAGCCGAGCCCAGUCAUUUGCAAAAUGUUGCUAGCACUGCUGGAAAUGAACCUGCUAAACCUUGGACAUACCUGGAGGAUGAAACGCAUUGACUUUGACUUCUGCAUCUUGUGUAGUGCUUGCGACAGGGAGGAGAAUCACUUCCAUAAAAUGAAGAAAUGCUUAAAGGAGAAACGUGUUCCAUGUGGGAUCCAGCGAAUGGAGACAAGACAGUUUCAACGCUUGUUUGGAGAUUGCACAACUAUGCAAGAAGCCCCCAAAUCCACUGCUACUCCAGUAAAGCACCAGGUGCCUGUUUUUCUGCGACCACUUAUCGGACUUUAUGGGGAAAUAUUAUCACCUAUCCUGCCAUUUGACCUGAUGACAGAGAUCUGCGUCCUCCUUGACCCGCCACACCCACUGUCCAAUGAUUGGAGGGCCCUAGCCUCGAAGCUUGGCUAUGAUCACUAUAUCAACUAUAUGUCCAUGAAAGUUAGCCCUACCAUGUGUGUACUGAAUGGGUGGUCUGAGAAAGGCUGGUCAGUUGAGGAUCUUAAGAAGAGUCUGGUGGCCAUUGAACGUCAUGAUGUUGUACGGUUGAUAGACAAGCAACUCCCAACAGAAGAGUGAGAUGUAUCCCAUAGCUAUGCAUUUGUGCUCUUUCUUGAAUGCGUCUGCAUAAAAAAAGAAAGGAAAUUAUAAACUGUCAUAAUAAAAACUAAUGUGCACUGCAUUUGUUCUUAAGUAGGCCUAUUGAUAUGGUAAUGGGUUCAUUUGUGUAGUACAUGAACAAAUGUGAAUUCUUUCACUCUAUCUGUAUGAUGAUUAUGUUAAUGCAAAAUUGGACAGAUCUUUAUUGCAAAAUUUUGGCUAUACUAUUUUGUACAUAUCAACCACAUUCAAGUCUUUAUAUUUGUAUUUUUGAAACGUAAUUUUAUAUUAGAAUAUGUAUUUUUAAUGUUACUGUGAUCUUAAACUUUCCAUAAGAGCAGAUAACUUCAAUUUGUAAUUUUAUAUAAUUAUAAUUAUAUAAUAAUUUUAUAAUCCAUUACUGCAGGGGUGGUCAUAAAAAUUGGUUGGAUGGCCAAAGUGAAUUUUUGAUUUAACACUGAGGGCUGCACCCAAACUUUGAUGUUUCAAGUGAGCUUCCAAAAACCUCCAAGCACUGCUAUUACACACUUUAUUCUCAGUUUCAAUGUUACUUUUUACAUAUGAUUGGUGUCGGACCAUAAAAAACAAGGUGUUUUCUAGACAAUUUUGAUUGGCGGGCCGCAAACAUAUGGUUUUUAACUCAUUGUCGCAGGUCGCAAAAAAAUCGCUGAUGCGGCCUGCGGGCCGCUCUUCGCCCACCUGUGCAUUGCUGUGAUCUUGAACUAAGUGCUAACAUGUGUUUAAAAUUCCACCUCAAUGUAUGUCUAAAAAUCUAAAUUCAGACCUGUAUAUACUGGAGACACAAAAAGAUGCUCAUUGUCUUCGAAUUAACAGUCCCAUUUGAAUCACGCAUUGAUUCUGCCCACUCACGAAAAACCAAUAAAUAUUCCACACUUGUCUCGGAUCUUACAGACACUGGCUAUGAGGGCCAACUUAUAUUUGUUUUGAGUUGGUUCCAAGGGAUAUAUCUCUAGGGAUUUAUUAAGCGUCUGAAACAAAUAAAAAAAUGUGCAAUAGCUCUGUUCCUUUUAAAAACAUAAGAGACGAAAUAUAAAAAAUAUAAAAAAUUGCAAUUAUAUCAUCAUUUUCCAUAUACUAUGCCAAAGAUCAGCCUUGAUGGAUUGACCCUCCUUUCAUGGAAAAAUUUAAUUUCAACCCCUGUAAAACAAAAAAAAAUUGGCCUAAUAAUUCCUGAUGAUUUUAAUGUUCUAUUUUUAUACUUGUUGAUGGAAUUGUUCUUCCUCCUCGUUUGAGUUUGUUACUGAUAUACCUUGCAUGCUUCCAGCUAUGGGACACUGGACACACAUAGGUCUUUGUAUGUUUCCUUUGUUUGAUAAUAAUUAUUUUGUUUAAUGAAGUGAUUUUGUAUAACGAAAAAAACUAAUGUGCACUGAAUUUGUUCUUAAGUAGGCCUGUUGUAUGUGGUGAUGAGUUCAUUUGUGUAAUAUGUGAUUGGAUGUGAUUUUUUCCACUCUAUCUGUAUGAUGACCAU